AUGUUCUACUUCCUGUUGAUAAGGACGGACUUCCUGUUGGCUCAGAGUGGGACUGCAUUCCUCACACACACUCUUCUGCUGCUGUGGUGCAGAGCCUGGGACAUGGGACUCUCUGCCCAGGAUCCAGGGCCCGCCCCCUCCUCCAGCGGGCUCUUCACGACCCACCCAGGAUCCAGGGCCCGCCCCCUCCUCCAGCGGGCUCUUCACCUCUCUCUCUGCCCAGGAUCUGGGAACCGCCCCCUCCUCCAGCCCUCGCUGCUCUGCCUGUGCUCAGACCGGCCACACGCUUGCACCCUGCAGCCAAAGGGGAGCUCCUGCGCUGCCUCGGACCUACUCUGUCCCGAUCUGACUCGUCCUGAUCUGACUCGUCCUGGAACAUUAUCAAAAUGGAGACAUAAUGAUGCAUUUUACUUGAGCAAACCUCUGGACCUCCUGCAGUGA